UUUACACUUUUAACGAAACGAUCAUACGAAAUUCUUUAUUUUUCGUCUGUGUUUUCGAUUUACGUAUACUCGUAAUUUAAUGUUUCUCUUCUGUUUUGACACAGUUUAUUAACUUCUUUUGAUCUGCUAUUCUUUAUCAAAGAGAAGCGGGCCGGGUUGAAGAGAAACAAGCUGCGUAGAAUUUUGUUCAAAUUUAUUAGCUUGUAUCAUAUAUAUGUUACUGUACGGAAAUUCAGUUCGUGGCGUAGCGAUAUUCGGGAAAUUUUUUGUUAAUAUUUUUGAGGGAUGACAAAUAUUGUGAGAUUAUUUAAAAAAAAGUGUGAAUAACCAAACAAGCAAAGAAUCUUCUUUCAAAUAAAUAAAAAAAUCGUUCAGUUUUACUGAACACGAGGCUUAAUCGGGACUCGUAUAAAACGAUAUAUUAAUUAAUUCCAAAAUUGAGAAUCAAUGAAAUUGAAUCAAGCCAAAGUAUCAUUAAAUAAUUCCAGUGCAGUGGGAUACCAGAAAGUGUUGUCUACGCUAUCAAAAGGUAUCUGUAUAUCUGUAACGUCCGCCAGUGUUCAGUGCGUAAAUUUUAGUAACAAAAAAAAAAGUAAAUAAAUAAACAAAUAAAUAAAUAAAUAAAUAAAUAAAUGAAUACAUUGAUAUAUGUCUAAAUAUUUGGUGUACGAGAAAAAGAAGAAAACAUUAGUUGUUGGCUCUUGAAACACUCUCUUUUCUUUGGCAGCUCAGUCACUCUUUAGUAAAUCAAACCGCGUGAAAAUUAUUUUUUAAACAAAAAUAAACACAGUUGCAACAUAUUGUAUGCAUGUAUGAAAAUUAAAUUAUCCAUCGUCGCAUCUAGCGCUUGUAAAUAUAUAGCGUGUAUGUAUAAUAUGUGUGUAAUAUAUAUUUAACAAGAGAAAGAGAAGAUAAAUAAUCUGCUCGCGUAUAUGAUAUCAAAUUAUAAGAAACGAGUGUGUAAUAAUUUAUUAGUAAAUUGUUAAUUCGCGAUGGUUGUAAUCUCGGGUGGAGACGCCGGCAUUCAAUUGCUAGGCUCUUUGGUACCGCGUUGCGUUGUUAAACAAACAACCGUGAAACGAUGCGUCGCCGCACUUCUCCUCGUCUCCAUCUUCAGCAUCUUUUAUUACACCUACUAUGUCAUCAGCAGUCCAUUUGCCAGCCUGAUUCACCGGGACACGAGACCCGAGCCCGCCAUAAGAUGUUCGACGCUUCGAGGGGCGACGAGAUUGCCGAGAGCUCCGGAUCAUCGUAGCGAAGCUCGGCUACGAAUCGACCCUAAGGUUCUCGUCUUCGUUGAAACAUUGUACUCGAGGCUGGGCCGAGAAAUCGAAGAGCUUCUCGUCUAUAACAGAAUAAAGUACAAGGUCGAGGUCGCCGGGAAGUCCCUGCCGGUGCUGACCAACCUCGACAAGGGCCGCUACGGUGUUCUAGUCUUUGAAAAUUUAAACAAGUACCUGCAGAUGGACAAAUGGAAUCGAGAACUACUCGACAAAUACUGCAGGGAAUACUCUGUUGGAAUAGUGGGUUUUGCUCCGCCAGGCGAAGAGAGUUUAGUCGGUGCUCAGCUGAAGGGUUUCCCGCUCUUCAUACACACCAACCUCAGGUUAAAGGACGCGCAACUGAACGCGGCAUCACCUAUACUCCGGUUAACCAGAGCCGGUGAGACUGCGUGGGGACCACUUCCUGGUGGUGAUUGGACUAUUUUUCACGCUAAUCACAGCACGUACGAGCCGUUGGCCUGGGCGUACAGAGACACCUUGGAUUAUCCGACGAAGAAAACCCCGCUCACAACCGUUGUGCAGGAUCAUGGACGCUACGACGGUAUUCAGAGGGUGCUUUUCGGGGGAGGUCUUCGCUUCUGGCUCCACAAAUUACUGCUCCUCGAUUCGUUGUCGUACCUAUCUCACGGUCAGCUGAGUCUCAGCCUCAACCGGAUGAUAUUGGUCGACGUUGACGACAUAUUUGUCGGUGAAAAAGGGACGAGAUUGAAGAAGGACGACGUUCUCGCUUUACUCGCCACCCAGCAAAGGAUUCAGGCUCUUGUGCCGGGGUUCAAAUUCAACUUGGGGUUUUCAGGGAAAUACUUUCACCACGGUACGACGGAAGAGAAUUACGGCGACGAUAUGAUUCUCGAGAACGUCGACAGAUUUACGUGGUUUUCCCACAUGUGGAACCACCAGCAACCCCACCUCUACGAGAAUGUAACGCAUCUUCAGCUGGACAUGGCGUUGAACAAACAGUUCGCUAAAGAGCACGGUAUCCCAACUGGGAGUGGUUACAGUGUCAGUCCGCAUCACUCCGGAGUUUAUCCGGUUCACGAGGGUCUCUACGAGGCUUGGAAAAAAGUGUGGAACAUCAAAGUUACAAGCACUGAAGAAUAUCCUCAUUUAAGGCCUGCGAGGCUCAGGAGAGGCUUCAUUCACCGGAAUAUCAUGGUUCUGCCAAGACAAAUAUGUGGUUUAUUCACUCAUACGAUAUUCAUAGAGCGAUAUCCCGGAGGAAGAGAUAAGCUGGACGAAUCCAUACAAGGAGGGGAAUUGUUUCAAACUAUCGUCUACAAUCCUAUCAAUAUUUUCAUGACGCAUAUGUCGAAUUACGGGAACGACCGAUUGGCACUGUACACCUUCGAAUCAGUGAUCAAAUUCAUUCGGUGUUGGACCAAUUUGCGGCUAUCCAGUGCACCACCCUUACAACUAGGCGAGAAAUAUUUCCAGCUUUAUCCGGAAGAGGCAGAUCCUGUCUGGGGUAAUCCAUGCGAUGAUCCAAGACAUCAGAAAAUAUGGUCUCGUAACAAGACUUGCGACCAGCUACCAAGGUUUCUUGUUAUUGGACCACAAAAAACUGGAACCACUGCACUUUUCACAUUUCUAUCCAUCCAUCCGGCUAUCAGUAGCAAUCUUCCUAGUCCUGAUACUUUCGAAGAGAUCCAAUUUUUCAAUGGAAAGAAUUACUACAGAGGACUAGAUUGGUACAUGGGCUUCUUUCCUGUUGCUAAGAACGAUAGCGCACGUUACCUUUUCGAAAAAUCCGCGACAUACUUUGAUGGAGAGCUAGUACCCCGUAGAUCGCACGCUCUUCUGCCUCGAGCUAAACUAAUCACCAUUUUACUGUCACCUGCGAGAAGGGCAUAUUCGUGGUAUCAACACACCAGAGUUCAUGGCGAUCCAGUAGCGAACAAUUACACGUUUCACAGCGUGAUCACAGCUAGUGACACAGCGCCAAAACCUCUCAGAGACUUAAGGAACAGAUGCUUGAAUCCCGGAAAAUAUGCUCAGCAUUUGGAGAGAUGGUUGUCAUACUACCCACCACAGCAACUGCACAUCAUCGACGGAGAACAGCUGAGACAGAAUCCAGUCGAGACAUUGCACGAAUUGCAGAGAUUUUUAAAAAUAACACCAGCUUUCAAUUACUCUACUCACCUUAGGUAUGAUCCCAAAAAGGGAUUUUUCUGUCAAGUGACAAACGAGGAUCAUACUAAAUGCCUUGGGAAAAGCAAGGGGCGGCAGUAUCCACCUAUGGAGGAAAAAUCUUAUAAAUUACUACAGAGGUAUUAUCUGUCGCACAAUACGGCUUUGGUAAAGCUUUUUAAACGUCUUGGAUCGAGAACAAUUCCACAAUGGUUGAAGGAUGAUCUCACGGAUACAGUGAUGACCUAACCAACUGCAGUUGCCGUAGACGUAAUUUGUCAAUCUUUGCUUCCGUGGAAGCACACCUGUACAUUGCUCCGGCAGAUCUGUAAUUACCUGUAUAUUUAAUAUUUUAAACAAAGUUUUUAACGACGAAGAAGAGUGAAUAGUAAAAAGGCCUACAUUGUGAGCCUAUUCUAAGUGUAAAAGCAAAGCAAAACUAGUCAUUAAGAAUUAUUGUGACGGUGGAACAGAAGUAGCAUCGUCAUUGCAUCGCGAAUAUUGAAAAACGUCAAACUCUGAAAACGACAGUGCCAUACGUAUAUUAAUUAUUAGUCAACCGUGGCAUAAAAUACUGUACAACCGAUUUGGUGAUUCCGUUUAGGAACAGUUAGUCUAUUACAAUAUAAAACAGAAAAACAAUUCUCAAUGCCUUGGUCUCAGUCAAACGCCCGUUAGUUGUAAAAUUGAGAGACACGAAUCCCUACGUAAUUAGAAAUAAAUCAGUUUGAAGGAAGAGAAAUUGUUCUAGCGUAGCAACUAAUUCAAGAUUACGAAUCUAUGGAUGAAUAAAGGAUUGAUCAGGAACGCCAUGUUGCCAGUUUCGAGGUGAAAUGUCUUCGGCGACGUUAUAAAAAUAUUUUGUAUUGAAAUUAUAAACUGUAAAUACUUCUACGAGGAAAAAAUUGUUUCAUAGCUAAAAAAGAACUAAGACGAUCUCUUAGAUUUCGUAUUGACUCGAGGGACAUGAGUUAUCUCGAUUCAAAACAUUUCGAAAAAUACCUGUAUGAAAUUUUGACGUUAUCAUAAAUUUUUCCAAGUUUACAUUAGGCUAACUUUAAUUUAUUGAAAAUUUACUUUCAUCGACGUGGCUAUAGAUUCUUUGUUUCUUAUCACCUUACAUAAAAUAGUCCAAUACCUAGUUAUGAUAUAGGUAUGUGUUUUCUACAGAAAAAAUUUGACUAACAGACCUAUAGUCCAAACUUGUGGUAUAUUGCAAGAUCGUCCAAUGGAUGUUUGUACAUACGUGUGGGAUGACAAAACUUUCGGAAACAGUGUAUAAUUAUUUUCGUCGAAUCUAUUUAGAGAGUGCAAAAGAGAGACGAUAAAAAUCAAAUGUGUCUAUGUAUAUUUUGACAAUACUGUUACGAAUAACAGAAUUUAAAUUAACCCAAUUGAAUCACGUCCUUUUGUAGAUUUGGUGUGAUAUGCUAUUUUGAUGUGAAAAUAGAUGAAUUGUGUAAAACGGAAAUUGUACAUAAAUUAAAUAUCCAGAUUCAUUAGGUUAUUGUAUACGCGCAGCUUCACAUCUUUUAAUUGUGAAUUUUAAGAUAAAAAACGGACCUCGCCGUGUCCUUCAACCAUUUUCUUCAAAUCCUAGUCUGCAAAAUAUCAAUCAACUGAUUUAAGUCCGUUAUUAUUUGAUUAAUGAGCACCCAGAGGUGGACUAAGUGACCAAUAAAAUGCUCCAAAGGAAUGUCAAUGGAUGUGUAUAUAACUAAUUUCUGUAGCAUACCGGUGUCAAACAGUGCUCGGCGAUUAUUAUUAAUAAGCGGAAGUCAAAAUUUAUGAUAUAAUUUUGUAAAAAGAAAUCGAAUAGAAAGUGAAACUUCAUGUAUGAAACAAAAUUCUUAGCAAUACGCACGUUGCGACAGAAAUUUUACUUUAUACUCUGACGUAUACUCUUGAAUUUUUUUUAUUGUAUCUUCUUUUUCAUGUAUUCCGUUUUUCCAACGCACAGACGUGAAUGAUGCGAUGGCGUUCGCAUGUUUUUUAUACAAACAAUUAAAUUUUAUAUUAAGUCGAUACUAAUAUAUGAUUGAAAUGAUAGAUUUUUAUUUUUAUUCUUACUGAUCAACGGUACGUUAAAUUUUAGCAUAUACGUUUAAUAGAGAUUAUUUUAAUGAUAUAUAUUUUUAUUGUUAUUCUGUAUAUUAUUUUACUUUGUUUUCCACCGUUAUCCAACGGUAAUGUUUAACGAAUCAUGUACAAAGUUAACUGUUGAUACUCUAUUAAUAUCUGUUUAUUAAGUGUGCCAUUUUACUGGUGUUGUAAAUAUCAAAAUAGUCUUAUCAAUUAUAUCGAAUGGAUAACAAAUAACACAGUAUAUCGGUUCAUGUGGUAAUCGCGGCGAUGAAGCCGAUAAUCAAAACUCUUCAAGUCUUGUUUGGUUGAUUGGUCUAUUGAUUCUAUCGCCUGACAAUAAAAUUUUAAAUCAAUUUAUAAAACCACACGAAUAAAUAUACACAUUUUUAUUUUUUCAGUCAUACUAACUUGUGCAUAAUGUCUGUAUAUUGUAUGUGUACAUACCUAACAGGGAAUUACAUUGCCGAGAAUUGAUGUACACAUUGAAAAAUUGCAAAAAAUCAAGGGAGAAAAAUUAUACCAUAUACAAUUGGUGUACAACAUUUUAAUAGGAUUCUCAUUAUUAAACUUAUAAAAAUAAAAUAAUGUUAAUAAUAAUUCUAUUGUAAAAUAAUGUAAUGAAUGUACGAAUAGACGAUAAGUUCUGAUAAAAGUAAUAAUCAAAAA